AUGGAGAUUCUAGAGAGGGAAGGCCACAGCGGCCCCCCGUUAGUAGACCAUCUGCCGAUUCCCGAGACGGAGGAGCUGCUUCUUCACCCGCCUCCCGACUUUCACGCGUCGCACGACGGUUUCUCCCCGCAAUCAGUGCGCUCCCCGCGCUCCCCGCCUCUACAUCCGCACUCGUCCCCCCCCGCCAGGCGCGCGCGGGGAUCGCGCGGGCAUUACAGCGAGAUUAGCGAGGAAGAUUAUAGCGAGGAUGAGGACAACGAUGGGGAUAGCCUUCUGGAUCCGUCAGGGAAGCGAGGGAAGCGACGUCGACCGUUCGAUUUGGAUUUAGAUCGACCGCUGGGGCCUAGUUCGCUCCCUUACCCGUUCUCCCUCCUCUCCUCGUAUUCUUCUUCCUCGGUCUCGUCUCUCUGCUCCGAUGCGAUUUGGCUCAGAUGGCCCGUAAUCGCAGCCGUUGCAGUAAUCAUCCUCGUUAUAAUCUUCCUCACUUCCCCUGCAGCAGUGUCCCCCACCACAACUACACCCCCAUCUGACGGCUCAGAUUCACUCUAUCCGUCUGAUCUGGACGGCACAGGAACCGGCUCAUCGCGAGAACCUAGAGGUUACCGACCUUUACCAGUCGACUCGUUUAGAGGCGUUGACGCCUCCACUCUAGAUCCGUCAACGUUACCGUCAGGCGGACGGGGCGCGGGGGGAGGUGAUUGGGGAACCGGCGCUGGCGGAAACUGGGGUGGCGGAAAACCGGGGGAAGACCCGCAGGAGGGGCUGUAUCCGGACGCGAAGCCGGGGCGCGGGGGGGGGAGAUGGGGGAAAGCGGGCGCGGGGGCAGGCGCGGGCGGCGGGGGACAUUUGGGGGAAGAGGCGGCGGAAGUGGAAGAUUAUAGGGACUCCGCGGGGGUGGGGCGGGAGGGGGAGGUGGUGGGGGAGGAUGCCAAACGGAAGAGGAGCCGAUUGGAUGACGAGGUGGUGACGUGGCGAGGCGCGCCGUGGAGAUUCGACGUUGGUGAUUGGCUGAGCAGCUGCAAUGGGGAGUCGGGGGUGAUCAAGACGGUGGAGGAGGUGUAUGGCAACAAGUGCUUGCAGGAGUGCAAUGGCGUGGGCACGUGUCACUACGACACUGGUCGAUGUCGCUGCCGCAUCGGCUACACAGGGGCGGACUGCUCUCACAUGGACGCGCAUCCCUGCUCCUCCCCACCCACUUCCUCCCCCGGCGUGGUGGCUGGUAGCACGUGGGCGUGUGCGGGGGAGUGUGACCUUCACUCGGGCCUUUGCUUCUGUGGUGCUGGCUCCCUCUUCCCCCUCCGCCCCGUCCCCGACCCCUGCGGCUUCGCACAUGACCUAGCAGCAGCGGUGGACAGAACUCGAAAGGACACGGAAGCUCUAUACGCCAACACCACGCACUACCCCGGCUGGUGCAACACGCGCCCAGAGGCGGUGGGGGUGGGCAUGGGGGGCAGCAUGGCGAUGGGUGGGGCGGAGCCCAGGGCGCGGUGCACGUGUGACUAUGACGGGGCUGUGGGCGCCUUCUGUCACGUGCCUGUUGCGGCGUUCUGUGUGAACCAAUGCUCGGGCCACGGCACGUGCAUACGAGGGCACUGCCAGUGCAACGAGGGCUGGUUCAGCGUCGAUUGCAGCGUGCCCUCCCAAGCCACCUUCGCCGACCCUCAGCUCCCGGCCUGGCUCCAGCCCUUCGACCAGGCCAAGAGGUUCGGCAGCAGCUCAGGCUCCCGGACUUCCACCGAGCCUGGCCUUGCUGCAGAACCCCAAGCAAGAAAGGGAGGAGGGGGGUUGGGUGGGGGAGGGAAGAAUCAUGGGCCAACAGAGGAGGAGGAGGAGGCAGCAUUAGAGGCAGAGAUGGGAGGGGAGGAGGGGGAAGGGGAGGGAGGAGAGGAGGAAGGAACGGGUGGAAGGGCGUAUGGGGGGAAGGGUGCAAGGGGAGGGGAGAGAGGGGGAGGGGGAGAUGAGGAGUUGGGUUGGAGGAGGCGCAGGAGGAGGAGGAGACUUCUUGGGCUGGAGGAAGGGGGCGAUUCAUUAGAGACUUCUGGCCAGACAGAUAGGCACGGUGCCUUGGGUGGUGGCGUGGUGGAUAAUUCUGGUGGCAUGGGUGAUUACGGCGAGGGGGAGGUCUCUGUUGGCCGUAAGUCUGUUGACCGUAGCCCGCGUGACUCUAAUGAGCGCCGAUGGCUUCGGGGGAGGCAGGAAGAGGAGGAGGGGGAGCGGGGGGCUGAAGGAGAAGCAGAGGGAGGGGAAUACGGAGGUGAGGGUGCUGCUGAUACCGGGAGAAAUACUGCUGGUGCUGCUGCUGCUACUGGUGGUCAGGCAGGAGCGGCAACAGCAGUGGGGGGGCGGAACGAGGUGGUGAAACGGCGGCCGUUGAUCUACAUCUACGAUCUACCGCCGCAGUUCAACAGCAACUUGCUGCAGGGCCGGCGCGGCAAGAAGGAGUGCGUGCCCCGGCUGUACGACCGCCUCAACCGCACCGCCUUCCUGCCCGAUCAUAUCCAUGGCAUGGAGGUAAGUAGGGUGAUUACCCCCAUGUCAUGCAGGCAAAUGGGGUGUUUACACUCAAUGCAAGGAGGCAAGAAGGAGUGCGUGCCGCGGCUGUACGACCGGCUCAACCGCACCGCCUUCCUGCCGGACCAUAUCCACGGCAUGGAGAUCGCGCUGCACGAGGCCUUGCUGGCGAGCAAGCAUCGCACGACCAACGCGGAGGAGGCAGACUUCUUCUUUGUGCCCGUCUAUGCCGCCUGCCUCUGGCUGCGACUCACCAAUGGCGGCGAUGCUUCCGGCAUUCAGCUCCUGCCACACGUGCAGGGCAACUGGGCGUGGCACGUGGCAGAGAUGUACUCAGCAGUGCACCGCCACAUCGUGCAUGCCUACCCCCACUGGAACCGCAGCCGCGGCCGCGACCACCUCUGGCCCAUGGGCACGGACGAGGGUGCGUGUCUGGCCCCUCAAGCCAUCUGGCACGGCAGCAUGCUCACGAGCUGGGGUAACAGCAUGGCAGCGCACUCCCACUCAGUCAAGGCAGCACCGCAGCAGCGGUGGGACGACAUCCCGCUCACGCUGAGGGGCGGCCACCUGUGCUACUCCGCUGCCAAGGAUAUCGUGCUGCCAGCCUGGCUGCCGCCCAAUGUGAAGCACCUGCAUGAACAGUACUGGCUCAGGUCAUUUGAGGAGAGGGAGCACCUCUUCUAUUUCGCUGGUGACUUAGGCUCGGAGUACAAGGGGGGCUCCCCGGAUAGCAGGUUCAGCUUCGGCAUUCGGCAGGCCGUGGCUCGGGAGUUUGCCUCGGUGCCGAACAACAAGGGGCAGCUGGGGUCGCAGCAGGAGGAGGGGGUGAUUGUAACGAAUGAGAGGGGCAAGGGGCACAGCGCUCAGCUGGGCAACGCCCGGUUCUGCGGGGUCUUUCCCAGCAAUGGUUUUAAUGCUGACAUGGAAGAGGCGAUGAAGCAUGGAUGCAUCCCAGUCAUCAUUCAGGACGGCAUCCACCUGCCAUUUGAGAACGCCUUGGACUAUGCUUCAUUCUCAGUGCGCAUAGAGGAGAGGGACAUUCCCAACAUGCUCACAAAGCUCAAGGCUAUCACUGCGGAGCAUGGGAGUGCGCUGCAAGGUACAGUGCAGAAGGUGUGGCAGCGGCUAUCGUACCACUCGGUGAUCGCACAGGAGGCCAAGAGGCAGCAGGACGAGUAUGGGCACAACGAGGCGUGGGCUUUUGGCAUCAGCCUGCUAAAAGACGACGACGCCAUUGAUACACUCAUAGAGGUAAAAAAGCAGGUUUGA